AACACGACCAUCAGAACUGACUAGAAAUGGUAUUAACUUUGCUCUUCAAGGACAAUAACCUGGCCAUUUAUUACAAGGUAGGAUAAAGCACUUGAGAUGGUGCUGUAGAGAAUAGCUCUGAGUAGACAGGAUUAGGAAAGAUGAGGUAGCCAGAUAUAUCCUUUUAUCUCCCAUUUUUCUGCUUCUCUUGAUGGAAUCCAUAACAGGAUGUUUGUGAAGCUAUAAUAAGCAUAUUUCAAAUACUGAAGCCAAACAUGAAAAGUCAUGUUUCACCUUUCAAUACAGCGCUCUGCACUACAGAAUAAUGCAGCUGGGCAGCAGUGUAAAAGCUGUUAGUUUGCAGUGAAGAGUUUUACAGCUAGAUUCUCACUGCCUCCUGGUUUGUGCCUGAUUGCAGAUGGGAUGACCUUUGGUAAAGCUGAGAGAGCUCUCUGACCUACAGCACAUCAGUAUAAUGGUUGUAUGUCCUUCAACAGUGCUCUUUUUCUGGUAUACAGGUAUCGAAAUGAUAAAAUGGAUGGGAACAAGAAAUGACAAGAAGACAAGAGAUUGUGGCAAAGGGUUCUCAAUGUGUCCAUGAAGAUAACAAAGAGGAAGUUGUCACAUUAUCCACAACAUCUAGGGACGUGUGUAACUUUCUGUUGUCUUCCAGUUCUUCAAAUGUUGCCUUCCAUGAUGACAUCAUUCCAACCAAUACUUUUCAAGAUCUAGUACUUAGAAGUCACAUUGCUGGACUAAUAUGGCAUCUAAGCGGAUAGCAAUCUACAAUUACGACGCCGUCCAAGAUGUGGAGCUCUCCUUGCAAGUUGGCGAUACUGUUCACAUUUUGGAGAUGUAUGAAGGCUGGUACCGAGGAUACACACUCCGAAAUAAAUCUAAGAAGGGCAUUUUCCCAGAAACAUAUAUCCAUUUAAAAGAGGCAAUCGUGAAGGACCGGGGACAACAUGAAACAGUGAUUCCAAGUGAAUUGCCCCUUGGACAAGAACUCACUUCUACCCUGAGGGAGUGGGCAGUUAUCUGGCACAAGUUAUAUGUGGAUAACAAGACAACACAGUUUCGGCAUGUCCAACAAAUGACUUACAGCCUGAUAGAAUGGCGGUCGCAGAUACUGUCUGGGACCCUUCCCAAAGAUGAGCUAGCUGAGCUCAAGAAGAAAGUCACUGCUAAGAUUGACUAUGGCAACAGGAUCCUAGGUUUGGACCUGGUUGUACGAGAUGACAAUGGGAACAUCUUGGACCCGGAUGAAACCAGCACAAUCUCUCUCUUCAAGUCCCAUGAAACUGCAUCCAAAAGGAUUGAGGAGAGAAUCCAGGAGGAGAAGUCCCUGCAACAGAAUUUGGACCUCCGAGGGCAGCCAAUAUUCAACACAACACAUACGUAUAGCCUAUAUGUAAACUUCAAGAAUUUUGUCUGCAAUAUUGGAGAAGACGCAGAGCUGUUAAUGAGCCUUUAUGAUCCUGAUCUCUCCAAAUUCAUCAGUGAAAAUUACCUGGUUCGUUGGGGCAGUAAUGGGAUGCCUAAAGAAAUUGAGAAACUAAAUAACCUUCAAGCAGUCUUUACCGAUUUAAGCAGUUCUGACUUGAUCAGGCCGAAAAUCAGCUUGGUGUGUCAGAUUGUGAGGGUGGGGCAUAUGGAGCUGAAAGAUGGGAAGAAACAUACCUGUGGACUCCGGAGACCCUUUGGUGUGGCAGUGAUGGACAUAACUGAUAUCAUACAUGGAAAGGUGGACGAUGAGGAAAAGCAACAUUUUAUUCCAUUUCAGCAGAUUGCCAUGGAAACAUACAUCAGACAGCGACAGCUAAUCAUGUCCCCACUGAUAACUUCCCAUGUGAUUGGAGAAAAUGAGCCCCUCACUUCUGUCUUCAACAAAGUCAUCGCUGCAAAGGAAGUGAAUCAUAAAGGGCAAGGUCUUUGGGUCUCCCUGAAACUGCUUCCUGGCGAUCUAGCACAGGUUCAAAAGGAUUUUUCCCACCUUGUAGACAGAUCAACUGCUGUGGCUCGCAAAAUGGGAUUCCCUGAGAUAAUCCUUCCUGGUGAUGUUCGAAAUGAUAUCUAUGUCACCCUGAUACAAGGGGAAUUUGACAAAGGGAAGAAGAAGACUCCCAAGAAUGUAGAAGUCACCAUGUCUGUACAUGAUGAAGAUGGAAAUCUCCAAGAGAAAGCUAUCCAUCCUGGUGCCGGUUAUGAAGGUGUCUCAGAAUAUAAGUCUGUUGUUUAUUAUCAAGUCAAGCAACCUUGCUGGUAUGAAACUGUAAAGGUGUCCAUUGCAAUAGAAGAAGUCAGUCGUUGCCAUUUAAGAUUCACUUUCCGUCAUCGGUCAUCACAGGAAUCUAGGGAUAAGUCUGAGAGAGCUUUUGGCAUGGGCUUUGUGAAGUUGAUGAAUGCAGAUGGAACAACACUGCAAGAUGGCAAACACAAUUUGAUUGUUUACAAGGGUGAUAACAAGAAAAUGGAAGAUGCUAAAUGCUAUUUAACUCUUCCUUGCACCAAAACGGAGAUAGAGGAGAAGGAGGCCCCCUCGGGGAAAAACCUGCACCAUCUAGCCAACUUCACACCCACUAAAGAUAGUACAAAAGACAGCUUCCAGAUUGCCACUUUGAUCUGCUCCACCAAACUUACCCAGAAUGUUGACCUGCUGGGUUUGUUGAACUGGCGUUCUAACUCUCAGAACAUAUCUCACAACCUAAGGAAGCUAAUGGAGGUGGAAGGAGGAGAAAUUGUAAAGUUUUUGCAAGACACCCUUGAUGCACUUUUCAACAUAAUGAUGGAAAUGUCAGAAAAUGAAACCUAUGACUUCCUUGUGUUUGAUGCACUGGUAUUUAUUAUUUCUUUGAUCGGAGACAUCAAGUUCCAGCAUUUCAACCCUGUACUUGAAACUUAUAUUUACAAGCACUUCAGUGCAACCCUGGCAUAUGUGAAACUCACCAAAGUACUGAACUGUUACGUGGGAAAUGCUGAUGACUCCAGCAAGACAGAAUUGCUAUUUGCUGCUCUGAAAGCCUUGAAGUACCUAUUCCGAUUCAUUGUUCAGUCACGAAUAUUGUACCUGAGGUUUUAUGGGAAAAGUGAAGAUGGGGAUGAAUUUAAUGAUGCAAUACGCAAGCUGUUCCUCUCCUUCAAUGUCCUCAUGGAUCGGCCUUUAGAGGAGGCUGUCAAGAUUAAGGGUGCAGCUUUAAAGUAUUUGCCAAGCAUCAUAAAUGAUGUCAAACUGGUAUUUGACCCUGUUGAGCUCAGUGUCCUCUUCAGCAAGUUUAUCCAAAGUAUUCCUGACAACCAGUUAGUUCGACAGAAGCUAAACUGCAUGACCAAGAUAGUUGAGAGUGAUCUGUUUAAACAGUCUGAAUGCAGAGAUGCUCUUCUGCCACUGCUAAUAGAUCAGCUAAGUGGCCAGUUGGAUGACAAUUCAAACAAGCCUGACCACGAAGCCUGCUCACAGCUACUUAGCAAUGUGCUUGAAGUCCUGGAUCGGAAAGAUGUGGGGCCCACUGCUGUCCACAUCCAGCUGAUCAUGGAACGCCUGCUAAGGAGAAUAAACCGCACAGUGAUUGGAAUGAGCAGACAGUCUCCACACAUUGGUAUUUUUGUGGCCUGCAUGACAGCCAUUCUGAGGCAGAUGGAUGAUUUCCAUUACAACCAUUACAUCAAUACUUUCAAAACCAGGCAGGACAUUAUUGACUUCCUGAUGGAAACAUUCAUUAUGUUUAAGGAUCUGAUUGGAAAAAAUGUCUAUGCAACUGACUGGAUGGUCAUGAAUAUGAUGCAGAGCAGGGUUUUCCUUCGGGCAGUGAACCAAUUUACCUCUGUACUCAACCGUUUCUUUCUGGAUCAAGCAAAUUUUGAACUCCAGCUCUGGAAUAACUAUUUCCAUUUGGCAGUGGCCUUUCUCACUCAUGAAUCCCUCCAGCUGGAGACCUUCUCACAAGCCAAACGCAACAAAAUUAUCAAGAAGUAUGGUGACAUGAGGAAAGAAAUUGGCUUCAAAAUAAGGGAUAUGUGGUAUAACCUGGGUCCCCACAAAAUAAAAUUCAUUCCAGCAAUGGUAGGCCCAAUCCUGGAGGUAACCCUGGUCCCAGAACCUGAGCUGCGGAAAGCUACCAUUCCCAUCUUCUUUGAUAUGAUGCAGUGCGAGUUUAACUUCAGUGGGAACAGAAACUUCCAUAUGUUUGAAAAUGAGUUGAUAACCAAGCUGGACCAGGAAGUGGAGGGUGGCCGAGGGGAUGAACAGUACAAGAUUUUACUGGAGAAACUCCUCCUGGAGCACUGUCGGAAGCAUAAAUAUCUGUCUGCUUCCGGAGAAGUGUUUGCUUUGCUGGUCAGCAGCCUGUUAGAGAACCUGUUGGACUACAGGACAAUCAUGCAUGAUGAAAGCAAGGAGAACCGCAUGAGCUGCACUGUCAAUGUGCUGAAUUUUUAUAAGGAGAAGAAACGAGAGGACAUUUAUAUCAGGUAUCUCUAUAAACUCCGGGACCUGCAUACAGACUGUGAGAACUUCACAGAGGCAGCAUACACUCUCCUCCUCCAUGCAGAGCUGCUCCAGUGGUCCGAGAAGCCAUGUGUCCCUCACCUUCUGCAGAGGGAUAGCUACUACGUCUACUCGCAACAGGAACUCAAGGAAAAACUCUACCAAGAAAUUAUCUCCUUCUUUGAUAGGGGCAAAAUGUGGGAGAAGGCCAUUCAACUAAGUAAAGAGUUGGCUGACAUGUAUGAAAACAAGGUUUUUGAUUAUGAGGGACUUGGUAAUCUCCUGAAAAAACGAGCUACUUUUUAUGAGAAUAUUAUGAAGGCAAUGAGACCUCAACCAGAGUACUUUGCUGUUGGAUACUAUGGUCAGGGUUUCCCCUCUUUCCUCCGGAAUAAAAUUUUUAUCUACCGUGGCAAAGAGUAUGAACGAAGGGAGGACUUCAAUCUGAAGCUAUUGACCCAGUUUCCUAGUGCUGAGAAGAUGACCAGCACCGCCCCUCCAGGAGAAGAGAUCAAGUCUUCUCCUAAACAGUAUGUGCAGUGCUUUAUUGUGAAGCCUGUGAUGAACCUGCCACCUAAUUAUAAAGAUAAACCUGUUCCUGAGCAGAUCUUAAACUACUACAGAGCAAAUGAGGUACAGCAGUUCACGCACUCCCGACCGGUCAGGAAAGGAGAAAAAGAUCCAGACAACGAGUUUGCCAAUAUGUGGAUAGAAAGGACAACCUACACGACAGCAUAUUCAUUUCCAGGCAUCCUCAAGUGGUUUGAAGUCAAACAGAUUACAACGGAAGAGAUCAGCCCCUUGGAGAACGCCAUAGAAACGAUGGAGCUAACCAAUGAGAAAAUCAGCAACAUUGUCCAACAGCAUGUCUGGGACCGGAGUCUUCCUGUACAUCCUCUCUCUAUGCUCCUGAAUGGGAUUGUGGACCCAGCGGUCAUGGGGGGAUACACCAACUAUGAAAAGGCCUUUUUCACAGAGAAGUAUCUUCAAGAACAUCCUGAAGAUCAAGAUAAAAUUGAACUGCUUAAGCAACUAAUUGCUCUACAGAUGCCGUUGUUGGCAGACGGGAUUAGAAUCCAUGGUGAGAAGCUGACAGAACAGCUGAAGCCUCUGCAUGACAGACUGACAGCCUGUUUCAAAGAGCUGAAGAAGAAGGUGGAGAAGCGGUAUGGUGUGAUAACUUUGCCUCCCUCCCUCACUGAAAGGAAACAGAGCAGGUCAGGCUCUGUCGUGUUGCCCUAUAUCAUGUCUUCCACGCUGAGACGGCUCUCUGUCACAUCUGUGGCGUCUUCUGUGGUCUCUACAUCUUCCACGUCAUCUGAUAGCACUUCUUCCAGACCAGGUUCAGACGGAUCUAUUCUGGAGCCUCUCUUGGAAAGAAGAGUAUCAGCAGCUUCCAGAGCUGAGGAACUGCCUGUGAAAGAUGAUGGUGAUAACCGGAUUAGCAAACUCAAGCGGAAGGACUGGAGUAUUAGCAAGUCUCAGGUUAUUGUAGAGAAGGAGCCAGAAACGGAACUGACUUCCAAAAUGGGCAUGUCAGGAAAAGCACAAAGGCCAAAGAGUCUUCAGUUAGGAGACAACAGACUGACAUUGCUUCAGGGUUCUUCACUCCAGCAAUCAACGCCUUGCAGCCCACCACCGAUCACUCCCAAAACCCCAAGAACCCAAAGUUUUCCCUCAUUGCAAGCUGAUGGAUUGGCAACUGCUAGCUUACAGAGCACCCCACCCCCACCUCCGCCCAAAAGCAAACCCUAUGAGAACAGCAACCCGAGGAAUUCUGUGGAGGUUGCUCCACCACUACCCAGCAGACGUGAAGCCAAACCUCCCCCGCCACCCCCAAAAACCAGAAAAUCCAGUGUUGUCUCUUCAGAGCAGGGAUUGCAGUGAGGAUCAUCACUUGCUGGUAUAACAGCAAGCACCUAGAGUGAAAUGGCUGCUUUCUUUUUUACUGACAUGCUGAGGCUCUCUGACCCUAAAGACUAGUGAUCUCACCUGCCGUUCUGUUCACUCCCCUUGGAGUUUUCUUUGGGAAAUACCAAAAGGAACUGUUAUUGUGACUGUAUUCCCUAACCUCUGGUUUACCUUGCGAGUACUGAGACACUAAUUACUUAGCAGGAGUCGUCACUCUCCUGGAAUUCUUGUCUGUCCCGAGUUUUUUCACUGAUGCAAUUUCAGCAGCUCAUUCCUAGUGUAAAUCUGUCACAGUAGUGAUUUGCACCAGUGUUCGGAGCAAUGUAAGCCACACCAGUAUGAGAUGUGUCCUACAGUAUUUUCACGUAAGUUCAUUACAGCUUUACAGCUGUAUUUAUGCACCGAUCCUUCCUUCUGUCCCUGUAGCAUAGCCAAGCCCUGAUUUGCAUGAAGUGAAACAGAUCGAAGCCAUUCCUAAGUUGUGAAGUGUCGGCUCCUGAGAUGUCAGGUGCUGGUGUAUGAUGUGCAGUCUCCUAAGAUUCUUGAUUGCAGGCAGAGACCUGAGUGAGCGUUGUUAGCAGAAUAAGAAGUCUUUUUUUCUGCUAGUCAUUGUAUGUAUUUAAGAUGAAGUGCAGACAUUCUGCCUUACACCAUCUCUGCUCGAGUAGUGGCAGUUGCUCACUCCCAAUGGAGAAUUUAGGUUCACCAGUACUUUGUCAUAAUUUCACUGUUGAGUCUGGUUUUAACACUACAGAGCAGUUGAUAUUCCUCCCUGAAUUAUGUUACCUACUUGGUUUGUGCUUGCAUCUGAGACUUGGUACAAUAUUUCAUCUUUGUGCUUUUUAAUAGGGUGUAAAAAGUUGCAUCUCUCCUGAGAGCAUGUGAGUAGAAGCUGCAUUGAUGCCAGCACUGUACUGGUACCGGCAACUUUGAGAGGAUGGAGUGUGCAAAACUGGUUACACAUCCUGACCUCAGGAACAAACGUCUGAUAGUAACUGUAACCUUUACUUUGGCUGGGCAAAUUCACACAAAUAUAAAUAAUCCUCAUCUUCUUUUUUUUUUCCUGCACCCAUUUGUGGCAGUACUUGCACUUUGUUUUAUAGCCUCCCUUGAUCUAGGUUUUUAACAGCCACUACACCUUAAGGAGCCAUUUAUAUCUGGGAUGCAUGUGAAAGACUUGACAAUUAACCACCUAGUUUCCUGUUGCUUGGCUUACUCCAGCUCUCUGCAGCUUUUCUUUCCUUGGAGGAUGGGAUAAUCUGUUUAAGUUUUCUUUUAGUAAUUUAUUCCCUGCUCUGUCUGGAUGUCAGCAUCAGACUUUCUAUUUGUAUAGAGAAAAAAAAUGACAUGAUCUUAGGUUUUAAUGUUUUUAAAUUCACAUGAUCCAUGUAGAAAAAAGCUGUUGCACAGUUAGAAUAGCCUGUCAUCACAGUGGCAUAGUUACUGAAAAUUAAACACAAAUAUCAUUGUUAUUUAUGGACCAGAUGGGCCUUAGACACAGCAUUCCUCUGUGCCUGAGCCGCCACUGAAAUCUUGCUGGUAAAAACCAAGACAUCACCAUUUGCGAUUAAUACUCCUAAUGUUGGCAGAUCCAUUUUGCACCUUUCAGGGCUCCUUGUGUCUGAGCUCUGUUGGAAGGGCUGCAGCCCUGGGGUGGGGACUUGCUCUUCUGCAGCAGGCUUACAGGGAGUUUGUGCAGCACUUAAGCCAGAAGACAAUUCAGUUUAAAAUUCUCUUGCAGUGUAUCUCUACUGUGUUCUACUUGUAGAAGACCUAGACAACUCCAAAGAUAGUUACAGCAGCUCUUUUUUUGCUGUCUGGAGCAGGACUUUCCUAAACUGCCUGUUUCAGAACUAAUGCAUUGUGAAGAACUUCAGGUUUUUUUGUCAAGCUACAUAAUUGAAACUUUCUUUAUAUAUCCCCCCCAAAGUUGUAGCUGCCUGUUGGUGCCACAUUUCCCAGCAGCAGAAGAGCCAGUGAAGUUUGGGGUUUUCUUGAUUUGUAAGAAUUACUUUCUUGUCACGUUCAGGCAGAGUAUUUUGCCAUGCUAUUCUGCCUGUGACUGGCCUAUUUAUAAACAUACAUUUUGUCGUGGCUGUUAUUUUUCACUGAUGUUUUCUAGGGAGGGAAAAAAAAACCACUUCUUGUUGUUCCCUUUCACUGUGGAACUCAGGAAAUGUGGGAGUUUGCCUGCAAAGUUUAGAUUCAAACUUUUUGGAAAGUUCAGAGUUUGUUAAAACUCAUCAUAAAGAGGGACCCAUUGAGGAAUUUGGAUCCAAGUUUAUUUCUGAACCUAUACAAAACUUUGGCUGUUUGGUUACAGCUUGUGGCCUGUUUAUUUAUCAUUGGUAUUGAUGAAGAUUCUGUGAUGGGCUCUAAAGAAAUAAUUUUGCUUGUUAACUGUAAGUGUCAUUUAACUUCUGAUUAUCUGGUAGGAGUUGGGGAGACCCACUAAAAACCCUGCUGAGGCUGUUGCUCACAGUAGUAAAUAAGAAUAAUGUUGGGUUGGGGUUUUUUUGCAGGACACUGCACUGUUACUCUUCUCGCAUGACUUAAAUGGAUUUCAUUACCUUACUGAUAAAUUAAAGUUCAUUAAAGCUAAGGAAAGCUUUUCUCAGCAAAACGUUUUUCAGGGAGAACAAACCCAGUGAAACCCUAGGGGUUUUUUGUUCAGACAGAAGUAGUCCUUUCUUUUGUUCUUAUACAUUCCUUUGGCUUCAGUGACUCCAAUUAAAGAAACCUGCAGAAGCUGCAUUUGCUUUGCUGCCUGCAUGGCUCUGUAAAACAGAUUGCUUUCAUCAAAGGGUCAUAUUGGAUUCCCAUCACAAAACAGGUUGGAAACAUUUUGGAAGUUGCACUGCAGUCACGUCACAUACAUCCACAGUCAUGUUUGCUGUAGCGCACAUGCAACUGCCUUCUGGGCUGUUGCCUUCUCAGGGGAAAUCUCUGAAACCUUUCUGGACAACUUAACCGUGGUUCACCCCCCCUCUCUGGUGCAUUGUAGGACUUGUCAGCUCCACAUUAUGUUCUUGGACAUAGAUGCUGCUUGACUUGAAAACCACAGGGUUUUCUUGUCCUUCAUUUUUUGUCCACUUCUUCCUCUUCUUGUAACCACUGUCUUCCUUCCACUGCACACAUGAACUAAAGGACCCUCUGAAACUUUUCACUUAAAGAAGAACUUUCUUUAAAAGAAAGUCUUCAGUGAGAAUUUUGCUUUAGGCAGAACAGCAGGAUGUGGUCUGAAUUGUAGAAAAGUACGUAUUAAUACCACCUAUUGUUAAUUUGGUGCCUUUCCCCAUUCUACAUCUGCCUGUUACCUCAUUCUUAGGUGCAUUUCCUUUUCAGAGCAGGUUUGCUUUUAGCUCCUUUGCUAAGUCAGCAGAAGCAAAGGAGACUUUGCAGGAAUCGCAGCUAAUGGUUUGUCUGUUGUGGGUAAACAAACUAGCUAUUGGGUUUGGGUAUUUUGUUUCCAAGUGACUUUUCUGAGUCUUAUUUCCCUACCUGUUUGGUCUGCUUUAAUAACUUCAACUCGUAGAUGUACCUUGUACAUUCAGCAGGUGUUUUUUUCUGGAGGAGGGAACUAGUCCAUGCAAAAAAAACUCACAGGAGGAAGUCUGACCUUGGGAAGAAUUUUUCAGCUGAUCUUCAAUGACCCUUUACAUAAUGUUCUUUAACUUGAGGGGGCUUGGUUCUGACUGCUUUUUUUGCAGUUUUAUAGACUAGGUUUAUGAACAGAGUACUUAGCAUGUAAGUGGUUAAUUAUCCUCUCCCCUCCUUUUCUUCCUUGGAUCAUACAGCUGCCAGCCAUUAGGAAUAAGAACAGUUGCUGUCUCUCCUGUGUGCUGAUCUAGGUGCUAAUACCUGAGCUAGCAAGAUGCCCAAGUCACCUAGAGAGUCAGGAGAGCAAGCAGGGUGGAAGCUGUUACCCAUCCCAGUGCUGGCAGAAGUCUGGGAAGCUUCAGUGCUUUGUGCAAUUUGAGCAGUGACUGAAACAGGCCUUUCAUUUGUACUUCAAUCUUUGGCUUUUACUAUAGAGCCAGCUCCUUAAAAAGCAGUGAAGAUGAUAUCUUCCUGUACGCUCUGCCUUGCAAUUGCACUGUCUCACCUGGCAGAUUCCUUAAACUUUAUCUUGGUAUACUGUCCACACAGUUCAGGCUUUUUCUUCUUGCUGCCUUUGUUGUCUGGCCAGUUGGAGACUGUUGUAGCUGAGGCAUCACCCUAACUGGAAGGAAAGGAACAGCUGAUGCCUAAAGAGUACAGAGUGAGGAGAUUUCCCAAGAUAUUUCGGGUGUUUUCAUUGGCAAAUUUUCUAUGCCAAAAGGGGUUUAAGGUUGGGAGAUUUUUCCUUUCUUAGUGUUAUUUUUGUUCCAGAGUCUGAAGUGCUGUAAACUGUUCCUGCUUCUCCUUCUUGCCUUUUGGCAAACUAACUCACAAAUAGUCGUUCAGUUUUCUUAAAUGUAUUACUGACUGUGGUAUGCAAAGAGUUACCUUCUUAGCUGAUAUAAGUCAGCAUAGUUUGCUUAGAGGUACAACAUGGAAUUUCUGUACUGUGCCUAAAUGAUUUAGGGCUUCAUGCCAGUUUUAGAAAAAAGCAUUGUCUUCUAAGUGUCAGAUUUUUAAACGCAGUUGGGCAUUUAAGUGUGUGAGUAAGCAUGGGGCCUGACUGAUUUUAAUUAAGUGGAAUUAAGUGCCCACACUCUUACAAGAAAUCCCACCAGACCCCUGAUUUUUCUAAGUGUUCUGCUCUUUGCUACGGUACCUACCUGACCUAAGUUCUGAGAUUUAAUUUUCAGAGACAAUUUAAGGUCUCACUACUUAGUUUUCAAAAUGAGAAUCUCCUUUCCAUGUUAAUUAGAUGCUUUUGGAAAUGUCAUCUACAGUCUCUUAAACUGAAGGGCUAAAAAUGGCAGUAGGAGAACAGUCCAUAAUGAUGUCAUCUCUGCAUACCAGAAAUGAAAGCAAACAGCAGCGUUUCUACCCAAUUCAUAGUUUUGAAUAAAACAAAUCUCAAAGUUAAAUAUCCAGUCUGCAGAGAAGACGAAAUCUAAUCCCAUUUCAUAGCCAUGCUGUUCAAAGCUAGUGUUAAAUUUCAAGUCUUAGAGGGUUUUUUUUCUUUGGAGAAAUAUGCUCAACACUUGUUUUCUGGAGCUUUUAAUUAAAAUUUGUCAUGCUGUGAUAAAUUCCUUUAAAAAUGUUACAGGCUCUAAUCCAUGUCAGGGGAAGAGAGAAACAGACAGCUUUCCAUUUCAGUGGAUUAUUGCAUUAGGAAAGGACACCGAUUCCAGUGAGAACAGCUCUGUGAUCUGCAGUGGCAGAAAAUACUGUAGAGUAUAUGCAGUGGUUUUUAAGAACCUGCAUCUAAUAACCUUCGCACUAUGCAGCCCAGUGUAUGUUCCACAGAUUAACAGUGAGUUAGACUUGUAGUGAUAAUGGCUCAGAUUUUCUCUCCUUAUUUAUUUUUAUAAUUGUAAAUGGAAAUAAUAGGUUUAAGAUGUCUGUAAUUUAACUGUAAUCUUUUUUUAUAGUGAAAACAUUCCUGACCCAUUACUGCUACCUUCUUUUAAUUUUUUCUUUUAAUUAAAAACUUCUCUAUCUUAUAUUUACUGUUGCAGACCAAAUUAUCUAGUGGACCAGGGUAAGCUUUUCCUAGGAUUACAUCAGAAAGAAGUAAACAAAUAAUGUGAUUUUAUUGAUUGCAUGGCAGGAGAGGGGCUUUUCAAAAGCACGUGAGGUUUAUCUAAUUCUGCUGCUAUUAACAUUAAAGCACCUUUAGGACAGUAUGCUGGGCACUAUAGAGAGUACAGUACACAAAGGAGUAUAGAGGAGCUUAACAAAAGGUGAAAAGCAUCAGUUUAUGCUGUAUUGGUCUGACUGUUCUGAGUUAAGGCUGUCAUUGAAUUCCCUGGACAUGCAUGACUGCAUACUUUGAACCUGUUUUUCACAUGCGUAGUGUGCAGUUUUUUGAACAGGGGUGUAAGUCCUCAGCAACUCUGAAAUUCAGCCCCAAUAUGCAUGGUAUUAAUUGAUGUAGUUUUUCAUUGUUGGUAUUAUAAAGGUUUAAUGACAUGAUAAGCCUUGGGCCAUGUUUGUCUCGAAUUCAGGAGAAUAUGGAUGUUGUGUAACAAGUUUUUGUGAGUGUUUUGAGAUCCUGGGUGUGAUGCUUUUGUUAUAAAAUCCACCUCUGCAGACUGCAAAUACCUUCUCUUUUUUUUUUUCCUCUUUCUUUUAGUCCUCUGCAAUUGAAUCAGCAAAAAAUACAGCUUUUAAACUGAGGAAAGAGUAGGAGCUAAGCUUUGGAAAGGGAGGCUGCAUCUCUCCGGGUAAAUGACAUAUGAUUCACUAAGUGUGUAAAGCAAGGUGUAUAAAUUCUCAUGGUUUUUUAAAUGUAUUAACUGUUGUAAAGUUUGUAAAUACCUUUUUAAAAUAAAUGUAGUUUUUAUGAGUGAA